AUGUCACAGCCAAAGGGCCAGCAAGAGGAGUUUGUGGAGACCAUUGAACCCGAGCAGUCACGGGCUGUGCCUCAUAACAAUGGCACAGGAAGAGGAAUUCAGCCAAAAGGAGAUCAGGCUUUGCAGCUCAUAGAAGAGGCAGGGCACUCAAAUAUUCUGACCCCCGAGAACAACGCCAAAGUUCUCCGAAAGAUCGAUUUGCGUCUGCUUCCCAUUCUCCUCGGAAUCUACUUCCUCCAGCAACUCGACAAGUCGACCAUCUCGUACGCUUCAGUUUUUGGAAUCGUUGAGAAAGCCCAUCUCCAUGGCCAACAGUACUCCUGGCUAGGGGGUUCGAUCUAUCUGGCCCAGCUGGUGUUCCAACCCCUGGUCGCAUAUCUUCUAGUUAAAGUGCCCCUGGCAAAGUUUCUCGCUGCUUCCUGCCUCUUAUGGGGUAUUGCUUUAACGUGCAUGACUGCAGCUACAAAUUUUGGAGAACUGCUUGCUUGCCGAAUCUUUCUUGGUAUCUUUGAGGCGGGGAUUGGAAAGUUUGGAAGCUUGAUUGCCUUUGGACUGGGUCACAUCAAGUCCUCUAUAUUUGCACCCUACCAGAUCAUCUUCCUCUUCUUUGGUCUAGUUACUGUUGGGUUCUCUGCCGUUAUUCUUGUUUUCAUGCCCGAUUCCCCCGUGUCAGCCAAGUUCCUUGGAGAGGAGGACAAGUUGCUAUCAAUUGAAAGACAGCGAAUGAACCAACAGGGCGUCGAGAGCCACGAGUGGAAAUGGGACCACGCAAAAGAAGCAUUCCUCGACCCCAAAUCAUGGUUCUGGUUUGCGUUAAUGUUCUCGAUUUCUGUUCCAAGUGGAGGCAUCACUACUUUUGGGCCCUUGAUUAUCAAGUCCUUUGGCCUCAGUGAAUAUGAUACCAUGCUUUUCAACAUUCCCUUCGGUGCAGUUCAGCUUGUUGCCACAAUGGGAGGAGCUUGGCUAGCGACCGUUUGGAAAAUGAAGGGUCCAGUCUUGGCAUUGCUCUGUCUCCCACCCAUCUCGGGUUGUGUGAUGCUGUUGCAGAUUGCCCAUGACAAUGCCCACAAGGGGCCUCUGCUUGCAGGAUACUACAUUGUAACCCCGUUGAUAUACUCCUGGUCUGCAGGAAAUACAGCUGGAGAGACAAAAAAGAAAGUUACUACCGCUAUCCUGUAUGUCGGACAGUGCGCUGGUAAUGUCCUUGGGCCUAACCUUUAUACCACAAAUGAAGCACCGCUUUACCGUCGUGGUCUGCUUUCAAAGGCAAACACCGCAUAUAUGCACUUCCUAAACAAGAAGCAUGAGAAGAGACGUGUGGCUCUCGGAAAGGACGCUAAGAUUAUAGACCAGUCGAUGCAAACCAUUCAAGCUGUCUCUGAUGACGCCAAAGAAGAUCUGCCCCAACAAGCAGCAGAUGACAAUGCCUGGAAAGAUUUGACUGAUUUGCAAAACGAGGACUUUGUCUAUGUCUUCUAA